AUGGCUUCACGAUUCCCACGCCAACGUGAUCCCCGCGCUUCAUCCUCCCUCUUCGACUCAUACGGUGGUGGUGGCAACUCCCGCCCGGCGAGCAGAUCACCCGCUCCAGCAGGCGGAUACGGCUAUGGAGGGUAUCCCAGCUCAGGGGGGAAUGGAUAUGGCAAUGGAAACGCAGCUGGGCCUUCAUUUCGAAGUGCGACCCCAGAUAAAAAGGGCCACUACUCCGAUGCAGUCCUGUCAUCACUGGAGUCACAAAACGAUUCGGAGGUAGAAGGUAUCACCGCCAAGGUGAAGAUGCUCAAAGAUAUAACUCUUGCCAUUGGCGAUGAAAUCCGAGAUACCACACAUAUGGACAAUCUUGAGAGUUCGUUCGAAAACACCCGAGUCCGAAUCCGAGGAAACAUGAACCGCAUGCUUCGCAUGGCCGAUAGUACUGGUAUUGGCUGGAGGGUAUGGCUCGGGUUUUUCUUCGCUGUUUUCCUCUUGUUCUUCUACGUCUGGAUAUUUUGA